AUGUGGGUAUCUCUGGAGGAGCUGAAGGCAGCUGGGAGGAGGGUGAGGGAGGAAGGGGUCAUCGUCGCCGUCACACCAGAUCUUGGGUAGGCUGGGAGCAGGGGCUAGGAGCGACUGGGGGACUGAGAAGGAGCCGGGAGCAUUUUGGAAGAAGAGAGUGAGACAGCAAAAAGGGAAUGCGAUGAAUGAGGAGGACGGUGCUGAGGGGGUGUCCUUUGUCGCCUUUGUUGGGGAGCCACCCUGGCAGGAAAGAUGGUGGAUGUUGGUGCUUGCGCUUGUGGGAAUAGCACCAGAAGAAAAAUGGAUGCUCUAACAGAUAGUGCAGCUGAGAUCAUUCCACUGGCGCUCUAUGAUUCAGCCCGAGCAAAAAUAGCUGCUAAUCUACAAUGGAUCUGUGCUAAGGCCUAUGGAAUAGAUAACAUCCCAGAGGAACUGAAAGACCCGUUUUAUAUAGAUCAGUAUGAGCAAGAACAUAUUAAACCACCUGUCAUCAAGCUGUUACUGUCCAGCGAGCUCUACUGCCGUGUCUGCAGCCUCAUUCUGAAAGGGGAUCAGGUGGCUGCCCUGCAGGGACACCAGUCGGUCAUCCAGGCUCUGUCUCGGAAAGGGAUUUACGUCAUGGAGAGUGACGAUACCCCCGUGUCUGAAUUGGAUCUCAGCUGUGUGCCAAUCAAAAUGAGUCCUCACAUGGCAAUGAUUGAUGCCCUCAUGAUGGCCUACACUGUGGAAAUGAUCAGCAUCGAAAAAGUGGUUGCAAGUGUCAAAUGUUUUUCUACAUUUAGUGCCUCAAAAGAAUUGCCCUAUGAUCUGGAGGAUGCAAUGAUAUUCUGGAUUAAUAAGGUGAACCUAAAAAUGAGAGAGAUUACAGAAAAAGAGAUAAAACUGAAACAGCAUUUACUAGAAAGUCCAGGUCAUCAAAAGGUACGUUAUCGCCGAGAUCACCUUUCAAGUAGGCAGUUGCCAUUUUUCCCAUUGCUUGAAGAUCUGAUGAAGGACUGCAGUGACGGGGCUGCUUUACUGGCUGUAAUACAUUAUUAUUGUCCUGAACAAAUGAAACUAGAUGAAAUCUGCCUGAAAGAAGUCAUGUCGAUUGCUGACAGUAUCUAUAACAUUCAGCUGCUUCGUGAAUUCUCCAACGAAUACCUAAACAAAUGUUUUUACCUCACCUUGGAGGACAUGCUAUAUGCACCUUUGGUUCUGAAGCCCAACAUCAUGGUCUUCAUUGCUGAAUUGUUCUGGUGGUUUGAGAAUGUCAAGCCAGACUUCGUUCAACCCAGGGACCUCCAGGAAGUAAAAGACGCUAAAACCAUGUUGCAGCAGAAGAGCAGCCGCCCGCCUGUUCCUAUUUCCAAUGCAACCAAACGGAGUUUCAUGGCUAGCCCAGCUGCCUCGGGUUCAGUUGAUGCGCAGCCCCCAGUUCAGCUCUCUCUGGAGACUUGCAACAGUGGGAAAGGAAGCCCUGCCUUCAGCCCAUCCCAUCCACUGCUGCCUUUGAGACAGAAGCAGCAGAAGUCUCUGCAGGGGGAGGACAGCUCAGGCCAGCGGCAUCGUUCUAAUUCACUGACUAAAGUAGACGGGCAUCCCCGGGACUCAGUCCUCGCAUGGCCAGAAAAGAAGCAAAGGCCUCUUUCUCAACCGAUGCCGUUUGGGCUCCACCACACCGCAAGCAGCGAUGCAGACCCCAGCUCCGGCGACAGCAUCAGCUUGGCCCGGUCCAUCAGCAAAGACAGUCUAGCGUCCAACAUUGUCAGCCUCACUCCAAAACAGCAGCCUCUGUCUGCACCGAUGAAAAACAACGGGAAAAGCUUACUGAACAACGUUGAAAUGGAAGACGAGGACGAAGAACUGAUCGCAAUCAUCCACCCCGGCACCACUCCAGUCCACAGCAGCCUUGAACUCCAGAGCGUGCCGGCUCGAUCACCCGGUCUGGUUGCAACUGCGUGGGCUCAGAAAUCGCCCAGUGAAGCCUCCGAAAGCAAGCCAGAGAGCUUUUUCCUGGAACCUUUAAUGCCAGCGGUGCUGCGGCCAGCAAAAGAAAAACAAUUAAUCAAUAAGGAGGAUGAGUGUGGGGAAGGGAAGAGCAGAGGCUUUGUCGCAAAGAGGCUGACUGAGGGGCACUCGGCAUUCAUCCGCAAGAAAGCAAAUAGCAGCCAAGUGGACCACAACCUCAAUAGGACUUUUAAUGUACCUUCUAGUUCUGAGUUAACAACUCUUGCAGUUUCUGGCAUGCCAGACCUGACAGUUCACUCAGAUGCCAGAGUAGAACCUUUUCGACCGCAAGCGUGCAGCAGUUUAGAGGCUUCCUCUCGAGAACAGUCCUUUGGAGGGUUCUUUCUUCAUGCCGAGGAGGAUGUGAUGGGCAGUGCAAAUCUCGAUGCUGUGAAAAGUGGGAAUUCCCGCACUGCUGAUACCUCGUGGGCGAUGGUCAGGCAAGACUCUGACUCAGACAUUCUAGACAUGGAGGAAGCCGAACAGGACUUCAUGGCCGAUGACCACCCGAUAAUUGCCAAGUACAUUGGAGAAGAGGAAUCGGCAAAGCUACAGGAAGACAUGAAGGUUAAGGAACACGAAGAUAAAGAUGAUGCCAGUGGGCGGUCAAGUCCGUGCUUGAGUACGAUUUCUCAGGUCAGUAGCGUGUCCAUGACCAGCGGGAGCACCAGGAUGACUAACUUUGCUGAGCGGAAGCUUCAGAGGCUGAACAGCUAUGAAACCAAGUCCAGCACAAGCAGCUCACAGAAGACCACUCCAGAUGGAUCAGAGUGCUGUCCCGCCCCCUUAACGACAUGGAAACAGAAGAGGGAGCAAAGUCCCAACAGGCAGAGCAAAGAACAUGCCAAUCUGCUGGCUUCUGAACUGGUGCAGCUUCAUAUGCAGUUGGAGGAGAAGCGACGAGCGAUCGAGGCUCAGAAAAAGAAGAUGGAAGCCCUGUCGGCCAGGCAGCGGCUAAAACUUGGCAAGGCGGCAUUCCUGCAUGUAGUGAAGAAAGGGAAAAGCCCUGAUGUUUCUCAGCCAGUUAAGCCAGAGCAUUUGACAAAAGAAUAUUCAAGGCACAACGGGGAAGGCUUAGAGGAUGAGACCCUGAACUCGAGGUCUGAGGCAUUCCUCAUGAAAGAGGAAGGCGAGGAAGAUGUGCUUGACUUCCCUGGAGCACCCAAGGUGAAGGCCCACGAAAGCAUCGUGUUUGCUGAGCAAAACAAUUCGAGAGAGCCCACCGUGCACGAGAUAGAGAAAAGCAAAAUGAUUUCUGCUGCACUUCUAGAGGAGAACAUUGAAUCGGCCGAUAUCAAUGAAUGCGAUCUUUCCAUUGAAAAGCUAAACGAAACCAUCAGUACCCUGCAGCAGGCGAUACUGAAGAUUUCUCAGCAGCAGGAACUUCUUAUGAAGGCGCCAACUGUGCCAUCCUUGAGGAGCAGUGCUCAGGACCAAAAGAUAAAAGCGCCGGUUCAUUUUGUGGAGCCCCUGUCCCCUACAGGCAUGAGUAGUCUUCGUAAGCCGCCUCGACUCAGCCAAGGACGGAGUCCCCGCUUGGGAAGGCCAUCCGAACUGAAAGUAUCCAAGGACCGCCAGCCAACCACAACACGCAUCAAAACCCCAACUCCUAGCGUGGACACCUUGCCACACUUGAGACAAUUUCCAUCAAACAAUUCAUCCAAGAUGCUGACUGAAACGGCGCCUGAAAAUAAUAUGGAUCCAGGUAGCACUCCUCAGGAGAAACUUUCCUUUGACAGCUACAGACUUUGCGAUGAGAACAACCAGCGGGGUGGAUUUCUACUGCCUGCCUCUAAGGACACAAAUAUUCUCUCCGAAGCCAUUAAAGAUGUGAACAGUAACAUAGAAGACCUUGCUUCUUUUGAUGGCUCAGGAAAAGAAAAUAUCCCAGCAGAAGAACCUCUGAGAAACAAAGCUAGCCUUAUUGAAGUGGACCUCUCUGACUUGAAAGCCCCAGACGAGGAAGGGGAGGUUGAGAGCCAGGGCAGCUCAACGGACGUGAUCAGCGAAAUUGACCAGAAGUCAGGAGUUGGGUUUUUCUUUAAGGAUGAGCAGAAAGCAGAAGAUGAACUCGCAAAGAAACGUGCAGCUUUCCUAUUAAAACAACAGCGGAAAGCCGAAGAGGCACGGCUUCGGAAACUACAACUUGAGGCAGAGGUCGAACAAAAGAGAGAUGAAGCUCGUCGCAAAGCCGAAGAAGACCGAAUACGGAAGGAAGAAGAGAAAGCCAGGAGAGAACUCAUCAAACAAGAAUAUCUAAGAAGAAAGCAACAGCAGAUCUUGGAAGAGCAAGGCCUUGGGAAGCCCAAGACCAAAACCAAGAAGCCCAGGCCGAAAUCUGUCCAUCGGGAAGAGUCCUACAGUGACUCGGGAACGAAGUGUUCUUCUACUCCGGAUAAUCUGAGCAGUGCACAGUCAGGUUCCAGCCUGUCCCUGGCAUCAGCAGCAACGACGGAGCCCGAAAGCCUUCAUUCUGGUGGCACCCCAUCACAGCGAGUGGAGUCAAUGGAAUCCUUGCCCAUAUUGAGUAGGAACCCAAGUCGAAACAUGGAGAGAGAUUGGGAGAACACCUCAACUGCUUCUUCCAUUGCUUCAGUCGCAGAAUAUACUGGUCCAAAGCUCUUUAAGGAGCCCAGCAGCAAGUCUAACAAACCGAUUAUCCACAACGCCAUCUCCCACUGCUGUCUUGCGGGAAAAGUGAAUGAGCCUCACAAGAAUUCCAUAUUGGAGGAGCUUGAGAAGUGCGAUGCCAACCACUACAUUAUCCUGUUCCGCGAUGCCGGCUGCCAGUUCAGAGCACUUUACUGCUACUAUCCGGACACAGAAGAAAUCUACAAGCUGACCGGAACGGGGCCAAAGAGCAUCACCAAGAAAAUGAUCGACAAGCUUUAUAAGUAUAGCUCGGACAGAAAGCAGUUUAACCUGAUCCCAGCCAAAACCAUGUCCGUCAGCGUCGACGCCCUGACGAUUCAUAACCACUUGUGGCAACCCAAGCGACCUGCAGUGCCAAAGAAGACUCAGACUCGCAAAUGACACUACCUUUCCGUAGGAGACUAUGUAGAUCUUAUGGAGGGGGACAUCCCCUCCAGCCUCUGAUUUGGGUAUGAAACAAGCAGAACCAUACUCCUUUUUUAAGAAGCAGCUUAAACAUGGAUGCAAGGAAAGAAUGAAGAAACCGCUUCAACGUUCUUAGUUUUGUGUGAAUGAUCAAACAGCUGUUACACCCAUUGCGAAUUACAAAGGCUUUUCACGGGAGGGAAGGUGCAUGUAGCAAGCUCAGAAGCAGUGGAUUUCCUUUUACUUGAAGUUCUUCAUCGGUACAAACUCUGGCUUUCCCCCCUCUCUUCUGGUUUCUCCUCCCAACCCCUGGCAAUCCUUCUCAAAGAUAGGACACGCUGCUUCUUUGGGAAAAUAACAGAGGACCAGGCUGUAUGCGGCAAGCUUUUGAGGAAUACUCUUUAAGAAAAGUUAACUUUCCUUUUCAACUCUGGGCACCUGACAGCAUACGGAACGAUUGGUACUGUAUCCACUGCCAAUAUUAAGCCAGGCUCUGACUGCUGGAGGAAACAAAACAAACCCAUUCCUUGCUGCUCAGAACAAAGUUUACCUAUAGUAUACAUUCUUUAUAAGCACUGAAAGAUUGGAAAAGCUGUCUUUUUAAAAUUAAAAUGGAGGACUUAUGCAAAUUAUUAUGGCUGAUGAACAUUUCUGCAACACAAUCAUGAAGAAGCAAACAGGUGCUACAGGCUGGAAUACCCCCCCGUCUGAAAUUUGAGGCACGCUGAAUGAAGUACAGUCAAUCUUGGAUUUAUUUUUUUUUGUUUGUUUUGUUUCAACUAGUACCCUAACAUUUUUGGUCUUUUUAAUAAGACAGAUUCUAGUAAUGGUAGAAUGUUUUCACUCAGAGCACGUUACUCCUGUAUAAUGGUGCACUUAAUGAUCACAAAUUCUAACACUUUUUUAAUCAUGUCCUGAUACGUAAUUCUACUUUGUCCUUUUUUGGGGAGGGGGUCGGGGGAGUGGAUCCAGAUGAGCAGCAUGCUCUGAACUGGAGCAACACGCUCUUUUUAGGUUUUUUCCCUAUGGGGACAGGUUAUAUCCUAAGAAACAAGGAAACAACCCAAUUUCCAUAUGCUAGCAGUUUUAAAACUGGUAUGCGUUUGUUUUGAAGGCUCAAAUAAAUCUGAUGGCUUUGUUGUUGGUUUUUUUUUCCACCUUGAAAUAUUAAAUCCUGAGUUAAGACCUUUAAAGUGGUGUAUUUUUUCCCCCCUUCCAAAAAGAACCUAUUUAUAUCUGGUCUCAUAAUAAGGGCAGUUUUGAUUAAUAAUCGAGUCUGUUUUAAAAUACGUCUGUUCCUCCCUCAAAGUGACGAUUACGAUUUGUUUUUCCAGUCUGUAUUUAUCCAUUAUCGAGGCCAGAGCACUUCUUACUGUGAUUCUUCUGCCUGGGCUUCUCUUUCUAGAGAAGCACAUUGGUUUGCACAUGUUUACUUCUACUUGAAGUGUUAUUUGAAUAUGUUUCAUAUAGUGCAACGGACACUAUUCCUACACGAGAGAUGAGAAAUGCUGAUUCUCUAAAACAAUCCCAUGUUAUUAUUUAAAAUGAAGUUAAAAUAAUAAUACUUGGAAUGAAAAGUGAGUUGUGCAUAGAAGGGGAGAGAAAUAGAGUAAUUAACGCUAACUAGAGAAAUGCAAAUGAAGGUCUUCCACUGCAAGUCUUCUCAGUUUUCAUUCCCCUACAGUACUUUUAAAUAGGUCGGCUGUAAAUUUUGUUCAAUAGUUGGCUACCAUGUAAAUAAGGAAAGGCUUUAUUUCUAAAAGUGCUAAGUAUUAAACACUGUCAUGAGUGUAUUUUUUUGUUACAUGCUUCUCAUACUUUAUUUCUCACUGUUUGAUAUUAUACAACAUAUUUAUUUUAUGGAAGCACUGAAAUUUAAUAAAGAUCAUCAGUGGA